AUGUAUUAUGUAAUAAACGGCUGGCCAAGAGUGUGUCCUGAGGGUUAUGAAGCGAAUCACAGAAUUUUUAGAGAGUUAUCCAUUGAACAAGGAUGUCUCAUACGUGGCAGCAGAGUAGUUAUACCCUCCAGCCUAAGAAGGCGAGUGUUAGAGGAACUUCAUGAGGAUCAUAUGGGGAUUGUUAAAACCAAGAGUAAAGCAAGGAGUUACGUGUGGUGGCCAAGAUUAGAUAAUGAUAUCGAGCAAAUGGUAAAAAAUUGUCUAACAUGCCAGAUUCAUCAGAAUAUGCCCCAUGAGGUGCCACUGAGUCCUUGGCCAUUAGCAAGAGGUCCUCGGGAGAGGAUUCACGUAGAUUUUGCAGAAAAAGAUAAUCAUAGAUUUCUUUUAGUCGUAGAUUCAUAUUCAAAAUGGCCUGAAAUAUAUCAUAUGAAUUGUACAACUUCUACAAAGGUCAUUGAAGUGCUGCGGAUGUUAAUGGCUUCUUACGGUUUGCCUAAAACUUUAGUUAGUGAUAACGGAAGUCAGUUUGUAUCUCAUGAAUUCUCGGAAUUUCUGGGAAAUAAUGGAGUUAAGCACUUGUGUAGUGCAACAUAUUCCCCUAAAAGUAACGGGCAAGUAGAAAGAUUGGUUCAAACGUUUAAGAAUUUUCUUUGCAAAACUUGGGGAAAAUUUAGUGUUCAGACAUUAGUUGCUAAAUUCCUCUUUUCUUAUCGUAAUACACCACAGACCUCAACGGGAACUACUUCCUUGUUUUUAAAACGCGAAGUUCGAACUAGAUUGUCCUUAUUACGUCCUGAUCCUACGGAACAAGGAAUGAAAGCUCAGUCGUCCCAAAAAUAUUAUCAUGAUUUGAGGGGACGCACUCGAAAUCGUACUUUUGAAGUCGACGAUCCUGUCCUGGUUAGGAUGAAUGCUGCCAAAGGGGGAUGGACAUGGGAAAAAGGAAAAGUUAUAUCAACUGAAGGAUCGGUAACUACAGGGUAUCAGUGGAUGGCAGGCAGGUACUAA